AUGGGAACCUUCAAGGUAGAGCUGUACAUGGACGAAAUGCCUCUAACUGCCUCCAAUUGGAUUGAUUUGGCGAAGACCGGGUUCUAUGACGGAAUCCACUUCCACCGUGUCAUCCCCGGAUUUAUGUGCCAGUUCGGCUGCCCGAACGCGAAGGAUCCUCGAAGCCCCAGGGCUGGCACCGGCGGCCCGCCAGAUGGAAGCUUUGAGGUCCUGGAUGGUUCCGGCCGGGAGGCUCGCCGCUCAAACGGAGGGAACAUCGAGGAUGAAUUUACUGCCAAGCUUGGCAACGAGCCGGGCACACUGUCCAUGGCCAACACGGGGCGCCCUAACUCCGGCGGUUCCCAAUUCUUCAUCAACGUGAACAACAACAGCUUCUUGAACUGGUUCGACCGAUCUUCGCCAUCGGCACAUCCGGUGUUUGGCAAGGUUGUUGAGGGGUACGACCUCAUCGAAAAAAUCUCCCAGGUGCGGACGACAAACGACUGCCCGGAUGAACCGGUGCAGAUGAUCAAGAUCACCGUUGAGGGAGCAUAG